AUGACAUCCCAAUUCCCUGGGCUAGAAUCACCACAGCCAAAGAUGGGAUUGGAGCCCAAGAAAAAGGCUGGGUCGUCCAAAGCCGCAGGGUCUCGGGAGGGACCUAAAGUAUGGAAUACAAAGAACCUAGGCCUGAGAUUGGCCUCCGAUUGUGUUUCCGGGGUUUUUGCAGCUUCAUUAGUUGCGCCCCUGAUCGCAAUAAUUGACCAGGGGAUAAUGCAAAACGCCUCCGGCCAAUCGACUCUCAAAGAGUCGGUAAAGACUUCCCUUACCUCUCUGGUCCUCCGGCCACAUACCAUCCUCUUCUCAAAACCCUUCGCCCUCAUCUGCAUGGUUUACGGCGGGACCUUCGUAACGGCCAACACUCUCGACACCAUCACGUCGACUGUAAAGAACAAACCAUACACACACGUCACCGCCGACACAAUGAAAUUUGCGGCCUCUUCAACUGCCAAUAUCGGGCUCACUCUGAUUAAAGACCAAGCGUUUGUGCGACUCUUUGGCUCUGGGGGACCCCCACGGCCGGUGUCGCUACCAUCAUACGCGCUUUUCACAAUUCGAGAUUGUCUUACCAUAUUCGCAUCCUUCAACGUCCCGCCAUUACUCGGGCCGGUAAUUAGCAGGAACAUGAGUACCGAGUUAGAGAAGCGGAUGAGCGGGCAGACCGUUGCCCAAUUUGUUGCUCCGGCCGCGGUGCAGAUUGUCAGCACGCCUAUGCAUCUCCUAGGCUUAGAUUUGUACAAUAGAGGGUGCAGUGGGAUUACCUGGGCCGAUAGAUGGGCCAUUGUGAAGAAGAAUUGGGCGGUUAGCUCCGCAGCUCGAAUUUGCAGGAUUGUUCCUGCUUUUGGAUUUGGGGGUGUGGUGAAUGCAAAGGUAAGGUAUGGCCUGCUUUCUAGAUUGGAUUAA